UGUCAUGGCGUAUAUAAAAUAGCCCCAUCGCCCUCCCACAUGCUCCUCACUCUCCAUUGCUUGCUUGCUCCUCUGUUCUCUUCUCCUCGCAUUAUUUCCCUCCACCUCCUUCCUCGCAUCCAGCCGCAAAGCUUUCUCUCCUCCUCCUUUGUUUGACUUGCUUCCGAGAAAGCCGAUCGCCAUGCGCGUGCAGUGCGACGUGUGCGGCCUCGAGCCGGCCGCCGUGCUCUGCUGCGCCGACGAGGCCGCGCUCUGCUCCCCCUGCAACCGCCGCGUCCACCGCGCCAACAAGCUCGCCGGCAAGCACCGCCGCCUCACCCUCCUCCAGCCCUCCCCGGCCGCCAACGACGCCGCCGCGCCGCUCUGCGACGUCUGCAAGGAGCGGAGGGGGCUCGUGUUCUGCGUGGAGGACCGGGCGAUCCUGUGCGCCGACUGCGACGAGCCCAUCCACAGCGCCAACGAGCUCACGGCCAAGCACAGCCGCUUCCUCCUCGUCGGGGCCAAGCUCUCCGCCGACCCCUUGGACAAGGAGAUCCCCUCCCCGGACGGGAGCUCCGACGAGCACGAGGACUGCUCGGCCUCGGCCGCCGAGGAAGCCCCUGCAGUUCAUGACGCCAGCCACGCCGGAUCAGGAGGAGGAGGAGGUGGAGGAAGCAGCAUCUCAGACUACCUCACCAACAUCUGCCCCGGCUUUGAAGUCGACGAACUCCUCUUCGACGACGCCGCCUUCGUCGCCAAGCAGAAGGGGCGCGACGAGCAGGUGCCGUUCCUGGACGCCGACCUGUUCGACGUGGUCGCCGCCGAGCGUCCAGGGAAGCGCGGCGCAUGGGCGCCCCACGUGCCGCAUACGCCGGCGCCGGCCUGGGGCCUGGAGGAGUUUCCGGCCGCUAUGGUGGCCCCUGCAGCGGCGGCGAAGGCCAAGCAGGGGCACGUGCGGGAGUGGUACCACAGCGACAGCGACAGCGACGUGUUCGCCGUGCCGGAGAUCACGUCGCCGCCGGCCAAGCGGGCGCGGCCGUCGUCGUUCUGGUGCCUGUGAGCCAGCUAGCGCGGCGGCAAACCACCCACGCCGCCGCAGCAACCGGGCGAGCUACGUACCUGUGGCUCGAUCGAUCCAUCACUAGUGUAAUCUUUGCUCGUUCCCCGCAAAAAAAAAAAAAAAAAAACUUUGCUCGUUGUAGCUUGGUGUGACUGAAGUAGUACCGAACUCUAGUACGCUGUUUUAUGUGUAAGAAUGAGAUGUUGCUGUCGUAUCAUAAAUAAGUAGCGAACGAAUCGUGAUCUCCUUCGGCUCCAUCACACCUGAAAACUAAAUUGCACGUACGGAAACCAAAUGUGUCUCCAAGCAAGUAAUGUGUAUGAGACUGUAUUUUCCAGAGAAAAAAGUAAUGUAUGCGACCCA